CCUGGUGUCAUGGCGGCGGCCAGCGCAGGAUGCCGCCUCGGGGUGGGCCUGGGCCUGGGCCUGGGGAUCAGGCUCCGGGCCACUCACUGCACACACCGCCACUCCGGGGGAAUACGCCAUCUCCCGCAAAAACAGGCCCGAUCUCUCCGCACAGGUCCCAACGUCUAUCAAUGUGAUGACACCAGCUCGAAAGCUGAGAGUUUGGAUGUUGUAAAUGUAACCUUUAUUGAUCGAUCGGGUCGUCGGAUUCCUGUGAUGGGGAAGGUGGGCGAUAAUGUCCUGUACUUGGCUCAUGAGAAUGGGAUCGAUCUGGAGGGUGCAUGUGAAGCUUCCUUGGCCUGUUCCACCUGCCAUGUGUAUGUGAAUGAAGAACAUUUCGAUAAACUGCCUGAAGCAGUUGAAAGGGAGGAAGACAUGUUGGACAUGGCUCCUGUUCUACAGCUGAACUCUCGCCUCGGAUGUCAGAUCAUCCUCACCAAAGAAUUAGAGGGUAUGGAGCUAACCCUACCCAAAAUCACAAGGAACUUCUACGUGGAUGGGCAUGUGCCAAAACCCCAUUGAUGGGCAUUUACUGAAUUUGUGGCAUAUCAAGAGACUCACAACAUUCCAGUCAAUACCUCAGACACACAGGUGCCCAGCGAAGGACCAGCACCUCAUGGGUACGCACACCCAGCUGAAACUGGGGGUGUGGAGAGGAACAGCUCGAGCAAUUUGUGGCUACAGAUGUUUCACAGGAAAGCUGUUCCUGAAAUUUUCCCUUAAUCCCACACCGUUCCAGUGAGAAAAGCCUGAACCUCUGAGCAGUCUGUCAAAUUCCUGCCUCGGGGUUAAUUAAUUCACAGGAAGUGAUGUGUUUAAUCCAAGAAAACUGUGCUCCUCCAUAUUCUGACCAUCUCCAUUACCAUCACAAAAGUGCUGCCCAUCAGAUGGGAUUAACCUGUCGUGAUUUUGCUUUGUUGUUGAUCAUAUUUCUGUCUUUGUUUUCUGAGCUUUGUAAAGUCACAACUCAGCGUGACUGGAAUUAGCAGUUCUAUGUGUUGACUUGUUUAUAACAGAAGGGACAAUGGUUUCUGGCAUCAAAUAACUUCAGGACAGGAGGCUCAGGAGCUUUCGGAGGAGGUGCUCUACAGCAUGUUACUGCAUCGGUGCAGCGAUGGGAAACAUGAGUCUGCAGAAGAGUUUCAGUGUCGAGCACUUAAGAAGAAUAAAGAUUAUGUCCUGCUAUCAAAGACAGCAGUUUUCUAGAGAGUGUUCAGAAAGUGCUAAUGAAAUAUCUGUAAGGGUUACGGCCCACACAUUAAAUUCUGGAAUUUUUCAGGAAUUUCUACCCCAGACAAUCUGAACCUUAGGCUCCAAACCAUUGUCAGAGACCAAAGUGAGCUCUCUCUCCUCCCAGAGACCAAUGUGCCCAAAGGUGGGCAUCAGCUCAGCCUGUGUGAGAGCUGCCAUGCAACGCAUGUGGGUAGCCAGUGAAGAAGUGACCAGUCAGACAACAGCAAUGUCCUGACAACACACAGUUCACAAACUCGUUAAACACGACUGGAUCUAAAUAGACGUUACAAUAUUUUACAGUAGUUCUGUUCCUGUUAGUUCAGGGGAGCUAGGAAAGAUUGUGUGUUUCUUUAUGUUACGGUUAGUAAAAGUGACUGGAUUCUAAAUAUUGGGAAAGUAGUUCCGCUUUGUUAAAUUAAAAUAUUGAUGCAAACGUUGACAAUAAAAUCAGAGACCUAUUUUGUCACCAUUGCUCGCCAUGCCUCUAUUUGAGCAGGGGCCUUGCCUGAACCUACUUCCAGCUGUUGAAUUUUGGUAAACUUCCAGGGUUCCCUAUUUCUGUGGUGGAUCAGGGAAGCUGACCGGUGUUGGGAAGAUAC